CUGAGAUGCUUUUCUGCUCACCACGGUUGUAAAGUGUGAUUAUUUGAGUUCCUAUAGACUUCCUGUCAUCUCAGACCAGUCUGAUCAUUCUCCUCUCUCGUCAACAAGGUGUUUCAGCCUGCAGACCCUCUGCACACAGGAUGUUUUUUGUUUUUCGCACCAUUCUGUGUAAAUUCUAGAGACUAUUGUGUGUGAAAAUCCCAGGAGAUCAACAGCUUGUGAAAUACUCAAACCUGCCAAUCAACAUCCAUGCCAAUGUUAAUGUCACAGAGAUCACACUUUUUCCCAUUUCUGUAUCUGCAUGAUAUUAUACAUUGUGCUGCUGCCACAUGAUUGGCUGGUGCACAGGUGUACAGGUGAGCAGGUGUACAGGUGUUUCUAAUAAAGUGGAUGGUGAGUGUACUGCCUUUGUCUAUCUAUCUAUCUAUCUAUCUAUCUAUCUAUCUAUCUCUCUAUCUAUCUACUAUAACUAAUGGGUCAUGCAAAGUUUUGCACUCAACUAUUGACAGACAGCCAGAUGGAUGGAUGGAUGGAAUUAGAAAAAAUGGAAAUCUUUUUAUAUAAUAAAUAUCUCGAGUAAACUCCAUAAUUAUUGGCACCGUUUAUGAAAAUGAGCAGAAAUGAAUCACACAUGCAGUGACUGAUAGCCGGAGUGUAAAUAUAAGAGGACACUAUAUAGUUUUAUUUCAAAACAUAAGUUUUCUUAAGUAGCAUUUUUUCCCUGUAAAAAAAAACAAACAAACAAACACUGGUUUCAAAUGUAUAUUAAUAUUAAUCAAAUUACAAUUAAUAAUCACACUAAUAAAUAAGAAAUUAAAUUAAUGAAUAAAAUUCAUAUUUGCUGAAGUCUUCAAGGGUGCCGAUAAUUCUGGACAUGACUGUAGACCGGUUGGAAAAAAUUCAGCUGUAGCACAGAAACUUGUGUAAGAGAACACGUCAGAUGGAAGUCCUUUCACGAGCGUCUGACGCUGUAGGAGGUGAAAGCAGUUAGCAGUCUAAUCUGGACGAGAGAGAGAGAGAGAGAGAGAGUAAAUUAAACUCAGCAAUCAAGUGGCCUCACAGCGCAGAAGGUUUUUCUGGAAAAGCCAUCACACAGUGCAGCCCCUGGAGCCUGUUGCUGGUGAUUCUCCAGCACUCGUCCACUGCUCUUAACAUCAGCGGAGAGAAGAGAAGGCAGUGCCGAGGAUGACACGCCGCCGUGAUCACAAGUAACCCAGCCACCUCUCUGCACCUUCAUUCACAUCCAAACCUGCAGGACAGAGCACCCAGGAUCCACUCUUUCACUUCUCCUCCAGGGUUUUCCCUCUCGGUCAGAAUGAUGGAGCGAGCUGUCGUGUUGGUGCUGUGCUGGAUGGUGAUGCUCGGACUCUGCACGCCGCUCCAUCCCUCACUACGGUUCGGUCAGAGACCCACUGCGUUACUGAUGAGCUCCUCGCUGGAAGACCCCCUGCAGCCCCCGACAGACUACAGAUCCGCCCGGAGUCAGCACGUCGAGUUCAGGUCUGGGAGACAUGCGGACGCCAUCUUCACCAACAGCUACCGCAAGGUUCUUGGUCAAAUAUCUGCUAGAAAAUUCCUCCAGACUAUUACAGGAAAAGGAACUGGAACCAGGCCAGACUCUGAACACUACGUAAAACGGCAGACGGGAAUUUUUGAGGACACGUACAAGCAGGCCCUGAUGUCCAUUGAGAGGGAACACAGCUACAGGAAGCAGCAGAGAGGACGUCGAGGCUUUAGUCUUCAGUGCAGUGGCUGUGCUUGUGGAGUGGCGAUGAACAGGAAGUGUCCAGAGACUUGAUGCAGAAAAUAAUCAGUGUGUUGCUUUCUUGUGGUUUGCCAGUAAAAUGGAUUAUGCAAAAAGAUGAUCUCUCUGAAUAAAUCAGAACUGCUGUGCUAAACUGUUUUUUAGUGAUUUAUGUCAAUAAAUACUAAAUAAUA